CCGCCGCCGCCGAGGCCCGGAAGGGGCCAGUCGCUUCCGUCUCCGCCGGGGAUGCACGGAGGGCGGAGCUGCGGCCCGAGGACGCGACGCGAGCCCAGUUCCGGCGAGGAGGCCGCGCCAGUGACAGCGAUGGCGGCGGAGUCGGCGCUCCAAGUUGUGGAGAAGCUGCAGGCGCGCCUGGCCGCGAACCCGGACCCGAAGAAGCUCUUGAAAUAUUUGAAGAAACUCUCCACCUUGCCUAUUACAGUAGACAUUCUUGCGGAGACCGGAGUUGGGAAAACAGUAAAUAGCUUGCGGAAACACGAGCAUGUUGGAAGUUUCGCCAGGGAUCUGGUGGCCCAGUGGAAGAAACUGGUUCCUGUGGAACGAAACACUGAACCUGAUGAACAGGACUUUGAGAAGAGCAAUUCCCAAAAGCGCCCCAGGGAUGCGGUUCAGAAGGAGGAGGAGAUAGAGGGAGACUACCAGGAAAACUGGAAAGCCUCCAGUAGCCAAUCCUGUAGCCCUGAUCACAGGCAGAAAAAACACAGAAAACUCUCAGAACCCGAGAGAACUCACAAAGUGUCUCACGUUCCAGAGAGGAGAGAUGAGAGAAAGAGGUGCCAUAGAGUUUCACCGGUUUAUUCUUCAGACCAUGAAUCUUCUGAUUAUGGCCAUGUUCAGUCCCCUCCAUCGUCUGCCAGUCCCCAUCAGAUGACCAUGGACCAUUACAGAUCCUUGGAGGAGGACCAUGAGCCCUUUGUUCCACACCAGAAACCUGGGAAAGGCCAUAGUAAUGCCUUUCAGGACAGACUGGGGAUUAGUCAGGACCGACACGUGGGGGAUUCCCAGGGGAAAGGGGUUGUAAGUCAGAACAAGGAGCACAGAUCUUAUAAGGAAAAACGUCCGGCGGAUGCGAGGGGAGAUGGGAAGUUAUCUUUGAGCAGAGAGAAAUCACACAAGGCCAUCUCCAAAGAGGAAAACAGAAGGCCACUCUCAGGGGACAGCACGAAGGAGAAGCUGCCCUCCAGUGGAGUCAAGAAAGAGAAGGAGAAAGAGGGCAGCUCCAAGAAGAAGCUUUUACCCCCCUUGGAAGUUGCUUCAGACAACCACGUUAAAAACAAGCCAAAGCACAAAGAUGCAGAGAAAACCAAAACGGACAAAAACAAGCAGAGUCUCGACAGCUUAGACAUAGGAAAGGGGGUGGGAGACCCGCUGCCCAAGAUGAAAGACCGGGUUUCUAACAACCUAAAGACUUCAGAAGGGAAAGUAAAAUCUUCUCAUUCAGACAGAAAGUCUGUGGGCUCCCUCUCCAAGGUCGAGGAGGCAGAGAUGGACGAUGAAUUUGAGCAGCCCACUAUGUCUUUUGAGUCAUACCUCAGCUAUGACCAGCCCCGGAAGAAAAAGAAAAAGAUUGUCAAAACUUCAGCCACCACUCCUGGAGAAAAAGGACUAAAAAAAAAUGAUUCGAAAAGCACGAAUAAAAACUUGGACUCAGUUCAGAAAUUACCUAAAGUGAAUGAAAACAAGUCAGAGAAACUUCAGCCAGCUGGAGCCAGUUCAGCCAAGCUGAAAAAGGUCCCCAUGGACACCUUGCCAGUGUUGCCAGACCUCCCAUUACCCAUGAUACAGGCCAAUUACCGGCCACUUCCUACCCUGGAAUUGAUGUCCUCCUUCCCACCAAAGCGAAAAGCUCUGUCUUCACCCCAGGAAGAGGAGGAAGCUGGAUUUACUGGACGAAGAAUGAAUUCUAAGAUGCAGGUGUAUUCUGGCUCCAAAUGUGCCUAUCUCCCCAAAAUGAUGACCUUGCACCAGCAAUGCAUCCGGGUACUUAAGAACAACAUUGAUUCAAUCUUUGAAGUGGGUGGUGUCCCGUAUUCUGUUCUUGAGCCCGUUUUGGAGAGGUGUACGCCUGAUCAGCUGUACCGCAUAGAGGAGUACAACCAUGUAUUAAUUGAAGAAACAGAUCAAUUAUGGAAAGUUCAUUGUCACCGAGACUUUAAGGAAGAAAGGCCCGAAGAGUAUGAGUCGUGGCGGGAGAUGUACCUGCGGCUUCAGGAUGCCCGGGAGCAGCGGCUGCGAGUGCUGACCAAGAAUAUCAGAUCUGCACAUGCCAAUAAGCCCAAAGGCCGACAAGCAAAGAUGGCCUUUGUCAACUCUGUGGCCAAACCGCCUCGUGAUGUUCGACGGAGACAGGAGAAGUUUGGAACCGGAGGAGCAGCUGUGCCUGAGAAGAUUAGGAUCAAGCCGGCCCCGUACCCCUCGGGGAGCAGCCACGCCCCGUCGGGCAGCGGCAGCGGCUUUAGCACCAGCCCGGAGGAGCCGGCCUACGACGGCCCGAGCACCAGCGGGGCCCACUUGGCUCCCGUGCUCGGCACUGUUUCCUACGAUCCUAGGAAGCCGACUGUGAAGAAAAUUGCCCCAAUGAUGGCCAAGACAAUUAAAGCUUUCAAGAACAGGUUCUCCCGACGAUAAACUGAGGACUCGCCUGGGAGACGAAACUGGCGGGGAGGAGUACCAGGACAGUGGGGGUUGGGGAAUGGAACUUCCAAAGGAGACCAGGAUCCUUUGCUUGGAGGCACCAUUUGGUCUCCGAACCCUGCCCGGCCCGCAGGUGUUGCCCCUCUGAGCCUGUGCGCGCCGCAGCCGCUGCCUCCCGGCCUGGAGAACACUUCAGAAUUCUGAAGAAGAUGUGAAGCCUCAGUCUUACUGAGGAUUUUAAGGUCAAUUAUACUUUUGUUGUUAAUUAGCUUCUUUGUAAACUAUAAGACAUAGUUUUAAUUAAUAAAUAUUGCCCCCAGAUUGUA